AUGGUUGAGCUGCCGUCUUCCACAAACACCGUCUCCGUCUCGGUCAUUGACCCCGGCGUGCGUCUCGACCUGCCGGCAUCCUGGUUCGUCGUGCCGCAGAUCAAGGGCCAUGACCGGCUCAUAGUCCCGUCAUAUUCGUUCCUCAUCAACCACCCCUCGGGCCAGAAGAUCCUCUUCGACCUCUCUUUACGGACUGACUUUGAAAACCUUGCCCCAGCAGUCGCUCAACGUCUGACAGACCCAACCAAGCCAGCAAAAAUCACCGCUCCCGGCGAUGUCUCUAAAAUCCUUGUCGAAAAUGGCGUGCAGCUAGACGAGAUUAGUGCCAUCAUCUGGUCUCACUUCCAUUUCGACCAUACGGGCAAUCCCCUCUUGUUCCCGCAGAGCACGACUCUUGUUGUCGGACCGGGCUUCACCACCAGCCACGGCCCCGGGUACCCGGCGAAGCCAGAUUCUCCUGUCUUGUCAUCUGACUGGCGGGGACGAAAACUGCAGGAGAUGGACUUUGAUAACGACCCAAAUGGGACCCUUUCUAUUGGAAAGUUCAAGGCGAUAGACUAUUUUGGUGACGGCAGCUUUUACCUUCUGCACACGCCCGGGCACUGUCCGGACCAUAUGUGCGGUCUUGCACGAGUCCGGCCUGAUUCUUUCGUGUUGAUGGGAGGUGACUUCGCGCAUCAUCCUGGCGCGUUCCGUCCAACAGAGCUCAAUCCCAUACCGGACAUAGUCCGGCCAAACCCGCUCCCAAGGAAUCCUCGCUAUGCGAGCAUCUGUCCAGGCGAUAUAUUCGAGUCGCUAGGUCACCAGCCUGGUAAUACCUGUAAUCCGUUUUAUCGACCUACGGAAGAGUUCAAUCACGAUCUAGACCAAUGUAACGCCACCAUAGAAGGGCUCGGUGAGUUUGACGAGAACGACGAUGUCCUGGUCGUCAUCGCCCACGACCACAGUCUCUUGCCAAUUUUUACUGGCGAGGAAGAUGGCGAUCAGGGUUGGCUUUUCCCCAAGCGUUCCUUGGAUUCGUGGAAAGAGGCGGAUCUUAAGAACAGGGGGAUGUGGCGCUUCCUAGGCGAUUUCGAGGAAGCUGUUGCUGAUGUAUGA